AUGGCGUCCACAACAACCGACGGCUCGGCCGUCUACGAGCGACGGCUGGUCAAGACACACCGAUACCAAUGGCCCGGCAUCCAGCUCAACCUCUGGAUCCUCAUCAUGCUGAUUGCCGCCGGCUUCAUCAUGGGCGCUUUCGCGACGUUUAUUCAGAUCCAGCAGCAGCUGCUGCUUCCCAUACCCUGGUACUUUCCCUACUUUAUCACCGUCGCGGCUCUGCUCGUCGUCUACGUCCUCCUCAUACUCUGGCUCGUCUUCAACCAGCGCUUGCUGCCGGCCAUUGUCAUGAUCGGCGCCUUUAUGCUGUUCAUCCUCUGGAUGGUCGGACUCGUGGUGGUGGCCAUUGAGCUGUUCGGUCCAUCGGGCUCGGUGCAGGGCAACUGCAACAUUGCCGUGUUUAGCCAGAACCCGACAGGCCAGACGUUGGAGACGCUCGCGUGGCUGCAGCAGAGGAAUAUCUGCCAAACAUGGCAGGCCGUGUUCGCGUUCAGCCUGGUGGGCGUCAUCUUCCUCGUCUGGAUCAUGGUCAUGGCCUACCAGGUCUUUGUCGAGUCGUGA